AUUUCACAUUAAUUUUCCAGCAGUUACGGCCACCUUAGGCAUUUUUUUAUUUUAUUUUUUGCCAAAAUUGGACUGUUCAUAUAUUUGAAGCUCCAGAAUGCUUAAAAGCUUGUUAUGUUGUGUGUUGCAGACCAGGUUCAAAUUGCUUCUUAUCGUCAUGGCAACUAUGGUGGUACAAGAGGCGGAAUCAUUUGAACAAGGCAACUUUAAAAAAUGCGACCAAAGUUCAUUUUGCCAACGGCAGCGCAAUUAUAAACCAGAGCGCUCUCCUUACGUUGCGGUGUUUUCAUCAUUACGAAGUGUAACAGACAAUCAUGUAUAUCUGGAUAUUCGUAACAAUGACAACAAUAUCCCGUUUACGCUGGAUAUUUACGCACUCGAAGAUGGGAUGAUUAGAUUAAGAAUUAAUGAAUUGUCUCCGAUCAAACCAAGAUAUGAAGUUCCCAAUACAAUACAUGACGUUGGUGUACAGAAUUUCCUUGUCGAGCAAAACCCUCAAAACCAAACAAUCACUUUAAGAUUAUCCAAUAACCCAAGUGUGAGUGCAGUAGUGGUGUGCGAUCCAUUCCGAUUGGAUAUCUUUGACGACCAGGAACCCGUGUUCAGCAUCAAUUCUCGACAUUUAUUGAAAGUUGAAUAUCUACGAGAAAAACCAGUUCCAAAACCCGUCUCUUCUAAUACCAGUGAUGCAGUUGAGUCAGUACAGACAAGUGAGGAAGUUGUACCAACUUUACGUUCUAUAUACUGUGCAUGGUUUUCAUGUCCAACUGAAGAACAUGUAAAGGAAGAAACAGAACUAACACCAGAGGAAAAUCUUGAUAAUCCCGAAGAAGUUGAAAAGAUUGAAGAAACGAAGGAAGACAAACCUGAUCCUGAUGAUGAACCCGGAAUGUGGGAGGAAACGUUUAAAACACACAGGGAUAGUAAACCAAGAGGACCUGAAUCAAUUGGACUUGACACAUCAUUUGUGAACUUCAAUCAUGUGUAUGGGAUACCAGAACACGCCGAUAGACUUGCUUUAUCAUCAACAAUUGGAUCGGAACCUUACAGACUGUAUAACUUGGAUGUGUUUGAAUAUGAUUUGAACAGUCGUGCUGCUUUGUAUGGAUCUAUACCUUUUAUGAUCGGACACAACGCAAAACGUACAGUUGGAUUACUUUGGUUGAACUCCGCUGAGACUUGGAUAGACGUUGAUUCAAGCGAGGACAACAAGGGUGUCUUGGGAUCCGUGUUCAGUUAUUUUGCAGGGCAGGAAAAUGUACCUGAGGUGAACAUACACUGGAUGUCUGAAAGUGGAGUGAUCGAUAUUUACUUCAUGGUUGGUCCUUCACCUCGUGAUGUCAUGCGUCAAUACACCAAGUUAACAGGGACAACCUACUUCCCACCCAAGUGGUCAAUUGCUUAUCAUCAAAGCAGAUGGAAUUACAAAGAUGAGGAAGAUGUGAAGACAGUGGAUGCUGCGUUUGAUGAACAUGACAUUCCCUAUGAUUGUUUAUGGCUCGACAUUGAGCAUACCGAUGGUAAAAGGUACUUUACAUGGGACACAUUGAAAUUUCCCAACCCCAUCAAGAUGCAAGAUGACAUUGCAGCCAAAGGAAGAAAGAUGGUUACUAUUAUUGAUCCUCAUAUUAAAACUGACUCCAACUAUCAUAUAUACCGCGAGGCGCAAGCAAAGGGAUAUUUCAUUCAAAACAAAGAUGGCGGCGAAUUCAAAGGUUGGUGUUGGCCGGGUGAUUCUGCUUAUCUCGAUUUCACUUUACCAGAAGUUAGAGAAUGGUGGGCGAGCCAGUUCACACCUGAUAUAUACAAGGGAUCCACAUUGAACUUAUUCACAUGGAAUGAUAUGAACGAACCAAGUGUGUUUAAUGGACCUGAGAUCACCAUGCAUAAAGAUAUCAAGCAUGGCGGGGGUUGGGAACAUAGACACGUGCAUAAUAUGUAUGGGAUAUUACAGCAAAUGUCAACUGUUGAUGGACAAAUAGCAAGAUCGAGUGGAAACGAACGUCCGUUUGUUUUGUCUCGUGCUUUCUAUAUUGGAACACAGAAAUAUGGUGCAAUAUGGACUGGUGACAACACAGCUGAGUGGGGACAUCUAGAGUUCAGUGUACCAAUGUUACUUACCAUUGGUUUGUGUGGUAUAUCUCACUGUGGGGCUGACGUUGGUGGUUUUUUCAAGAACCCCGACCCAGAGUUGCUCACACGUUGGUAUCAAGCUGCUGCGUAUCAACCUUUCUUCCGAGCCCAUGCUCAUAUCGAUACCUCACGUCGCGAACCUUGGUUGUAUGAUGAACAAUACAAGUCAGCUAUACGAGGAGCUAUAAGGGAACGUUAUGAACUCAUGCCAUACUGGUACACUUUAUUCUACCAAUCUCACACCACUGGUGAACCCACCAUGCGACCACUAUGGUACGAAUUCCCUAAAGACACCGAGUUAUUUGCGAAAGAUGAUUCGUUCAUGGUUGGAUCAGCGUUGCUUGUUAAACCAAUCGCUACUGCGUCAACAUGGGCCACACAAAUAUAUUUGCCUGGCAACAAUGGUUGGUAUGAUGUCAAGUCUUAUCAGUUCUUCCCAAGUCCUAAUACUAUUUCUAUGGCGACACCACUGGCUAAAAUAGCAGUAUUACAGCAAGGAGGAACCAUCAUACCACGACAGUUACGUGUCCGAAGAUGCUCUGCAUUGAUGACGCACGACCCGUACACUUUGUAUGUCGCGCUUAACACACAGGGCAAAGCUGAUGGAGAAAUCUACCUUGAUGAUGGUCACACGUUUGAUUAUAAGAAAGGAGUUUACAAUUACAAGAAACUUACAUUCGAAAAUAAUAUACUUUCUUCGAGGUCACUAAACACAACUGCAUUGUGGGAAACUUCAGCUUGGUUGGAACGAGUGGUUGUCAUGGGAACACAACAACCAUCCACUGUUACCGUGGAAGCAGCUGGAGUCACAACAGCACUCGGAUAUUCUUUCGAUAAAAACCUCAGAGUUUUAACAAUCCGUAAACCUGGAGUAAACCUGCAGAAAGACUUUACAAUUACAAUCAAUUGAUGUUUUAGGGAAUAGAAUUCUUACUUUAAAGUUCAUAGCCAAGACUUUUAUAUUAUGAGACCUGUUAUGAUAUUACUACACACCCACAUAGAAUUGAUUAGUUUAGUACACUGUAUAAACUAUGGUACCUAAACCAGUGAUUAAAACUGCAGUAAAUUGAAGCGGCGAUUGAAAUUGUGCAAUGUCAAGUAAAAUUCAGUUCACAUUGUGGUAAACUUGGUUGCUUGUAUUUAUCUACAAUAUUGAUAUAGUUGGGGAAAUGACUCCUUUCCAUAAAACUUCUUCU